GGCUGAAGGCACAUUUUUCAAAAUUUAGAAUAUUCAAGAUUGAAUGACGUUCAGGGAGAAGAAAAACACAGUAUAAAUAGAAGAACACAAGAGGACUAUCAUGCAAGUUUCCUCUGCUUUAGUAAUCAGAAAAGAAAAUGAGUUCCUUUUCAAAUUUCGUAGUUCCUCUUGUUUCCUUAAGUUUGUUCACCAUUUUCCUUUUCAAAUGGUUCUCUAAUCCGGGUUCAAAAGCGAGGAAAAGGUUACCGCCAUCUCCACCAAAGCUUCCCGUGAUUGGUAAUCUUCACCAACUCGGCUUAUACCCUCAUAUCGCGCUGCAAGCGCUAUCAAAACGCUAUGGUCCCCUUAUGAGGCUUCAUCUUGGACGAGUGCCAGCAGUUGUUGUCUCGUCUGCUGAUGUAGCUCGUGAGGUCAUGAAAACUCAGGACCUCAUUUUCUCAAACAGGCCAAAAGUGAGCAUCCCUGAUAAAAUUGUUUAUGGCUCUAAGGACAUUGCUUUUGCGCCUUACGGUGAGCACUGGAGGCAGGUCAGAAGUAUUUGUGUGCUGCAUCUUUUGAGUAACAAGAGAGUUCAAUCUUUUCGUCAUAUAAGAGAAGAAGAAACGGAUCUUUUGAUCGAUAAAAUAAGACAGUCAUCUUCUUCUUCAAUGUCCGUGACAAACAUGAGCGAUUUAUUGGUGUCAGUUACUAAUGAUACGAUUUGUAGAGUGGCCCUGGGGAGGAAAUAUAGUGAUGGUGAAGCAGAAGGAAGCAACAAAUUUGAGUUAAUGUUGAAGGAAAUUAUGGAGCUAGCAGGCACUUUCAAUGCAGGAGAUUUCAUUCCAUGGCUUAAGUGGACGAAUAAAGUUAAUGGUUUGGAUGCCAGAGUCGAUCGAGUGGCUAAAGCGUUUGAUGAAUUUUUAUCAGGUGUAGUUGAAGAUCAUAGAAAUAGAAAGCAAGGAAAGACGGAUAGUGAUGAUAGCAGCAAUGAAGCAGAUCUUGUGGACUUAUUGCUCGAAAUUCAAAGGGAAAACAAGUCCAGUUUUUAUCUUGAUGAUGAGUCCAUCAAGGGUGUUAUUUUUGAUAUGUUUGGUGCAGGGACUGAUACAACAUAUACUGCUUUGGAGUGGACAGUGGCCGAGGUUCUAAAGCACCCAGAAAUAAUGAAGAAACUACAGAAUGAGGUGACACAAGUAGUCGGAAGCAAAUUAAAGGUAACAGAAGAGGAUUUAGAAAAAAUGCCUUAUUUAAAGGCAGUGAUGAAAGAGAGCCUUAGACUACACCCUCCAAUUCCAAUGUUGGUUCCACGAGAAUCGACCCAAGACAGUAAAGUAAUGGGGUACCACAUCGCUGCUAGAACUCAAGUCAUCAUCAACGCUUGGGCAAUCGCAAGAGACCCCAAGCAGUGGGAAAAUCCUGAAGAAUUUAAUCCACAGAGGUUCUUUAAGAACACGGCAGUCGACUUUAGAGGGUUUAAUUUUGAGUACAUUCCAUUUGGUGCUGGUCGAAGAGGCUGCCCUGGUAUUACAUUUGCCAUGGCUGUUAAUGAGUUGGCAUUAGCAAAAUUGAUGCUUAACUUUGAUUUUUCAUUGCCAAUUGGAGCAAAAGAUUGGGACAUGACUGAAGCUGUUGGAAGCACUGCCCAUAAAAAGAAUCCUCUACUUGUCGUCGCCACUCCUCAUUCUUGCUAGUUUGAGUUGAGACUAUCGCCACUCAUGUUUCUCUCUAAAUUUUGUGUCAUAGUCAGUGUAAUAAAAAGUUUAAUGUAUUCCUAUCAUAUUUGUAAUACAAGUUAAAAUUUUUCAUUAA